CGCGAAAAUCGAUAUAUAUGUGACACCCUUUCAAACAAAAAGACAUAAUCAUAGAUUAUUUCCAAAGCAUCUCGCCUCCCUCCACGAUUACACAAAUACCCAUGUCUAUCUCAAUGAUCCAAGCGCCUCUAUCGCCCCCCAUUGGGCAUAUGCUCACUCUACCCUUCUGCCCGGCUCCAAGUCCACCCAACUCAACGCAGGCAACAAGAGGAUACGAGCAAGCCUCGUCUCUAACAACGAGCGACAGCAAGCAAUCACAUUGCAUCUCCAAUAGCCAUGAGUCGAUGCAGCAAGAACAGUCUGACUCUAUCUCCGUCGCUGAACUCGUAGCUGCGCGGGCUCGGUGUCAACGUGCAUGUCGCCGUUUCAAUAAUGCGGGCGAAGUCUCUCGAAGGCAAAUGUUGGAGCUCUGGAAAGACAUUCUGAACGACCAGACCCCUCUGCCUCCACCUCAAGAGGACCCUCUGGACGAUGAUAUCCAGCUAGAACAUUACCCUUGGAUUGAACCUCCCUUUCGAAUCGACUAUGGACACAACUUGAAAGUGGGGGAGGGGGCCUUUAUCAACUUCGAUGCAGUCAUCAUCGACACCAGUUCAAUAACAAUCGGGGCGCGCACGUUGAUUGGCCCUCGGGUCAGUUUGUACAGCGGCACGCAUUCGUUAGACCCAGUUGAGCGGAAUGGCUUCAAGGGUCCUCAGAUCGGAGAAGAAAUCCACAUUGGAGAGGACUGCUGGCUAGCAGGCAAUGUGACGGUCUUGCCUGGAGUGACUAUCGGGAAGGGGGCAGUUAUUGGAGCCGGCAGUGUGGUCAACAAGGUGAGUUUUGGAAGGGAUUGAUGAGAAUGAAGAGGCCGAACAAUGCUGACGCAAGCUGAUCGUAGGAUGUGCCUGCUUUUCACUUAGCUGUGGGCAAUCCGGCGAGAGUGAUUCGCAAGAUUGAGACUGCCAUGAGCGAGUGAAUCUCCCUCACACUGUGAUUGUUUCCAGACUGUACAGUACUGUACAUUGUCAUUAGUGUGAUUGGGAUCUUAUGGUCAAUGUUGAGCAUUCAGCUGGGACGGGUGUUAUAAGUACUACGGAAUUUGCCACUGUCAGUAGAUGAUUAGACAAUGCAGACUGCAUACCGAGGAAUAGACUAGACGGCACCAGCAUUCCUAGGGACUAAGUGGGGGAUAUGAUAUGUUUUGCGACGAUCGACGGUCUGGUGGGGACCGGUUAAACGGUCCUUCUCCGGG